AUGGAGUCCAAUUCAAGUGGUGCAUUUGGCAUUGGAAGGUCACUAGUAAGCGAUUACAUGGCCAAAAAAUACGAUAAGACACUAGAGUCUAUCCUUGCAAAUGAUUUAAAAGGUGACAGAAAGAAAGUCUCAAACAGGGAGCUAAUUCAUGGGGUAGCAAGCUCAUUACUAGAGGCGACAAUUGAAAGGGUAAAGGCAAGUAAAGAAACUGAUAGGUUGUCGAUUGAUGAAGAUUUUGAACAGUAUAUGCUGGCCAGCAGGUCUGAAAGCUCGGAUAGUUUUUGGAAGGACGAAAAUUUCCGACAAGACUAUGAACUAAGUGUUGAUGCUGAGCAUGGCGACAGCGUACCAGAAAAAAAAUCAAAGCCAGCUUCGUCAAAACCGAAAAGAACUGGUGAUCAUUUCAUUGACAUUUUGCUGGACAAAAUGAUCUCACGUAUACUGCCCGAGGACUUCCCUGAAAGAGAGCAGUUUUCCCAAAGGGUAGGUGAUCCGACUCGACGGAAAAGCCAAAAGUUAUCUGCUACUGUUUUCGCAGCAAAUCUCAAGAUACUAACAACUAAACUGGGUGGCGUAUUUGAGUUCCAGGAUUCAGUGGUCAGAGUGAUUACCUGGCGAAACCCCUCUGCAACAGUGACAAUGCUGAUUUUCUUAACGAUCAUAUGUUUUAAUCCCAUGUAUGUUGUCAUUAUUCCAUUACUAUAUGUACUCUAUGGGUUAAUGACUCCAGGGUACAUACAUAGGCACCCUAUGCGGAGGUCUGCAUAUCUGUCCAGAAGAACUUAUGGAAAGUCUUUGAUAGAAUCGCUUGCUAGUGGGGGCAAGAAAACGGAAUGGCAUUCCAGCGAUAGCAUACAGGAAUAUGAAUACAAUACAGAUAUGAAGCAAUAUGAUAUAAAUAGAGCCCAUCAUAUCAAACAGAGUAUGGAAUUCGUUGUAAAUCUACGCGAUUUGCAAAAUUCUAUGUCUGCUAUCGUCAAACUUUCUGACAACAUCGAAAAGUUUAUAUAUGGGACUGCUGGCUUUAAAGACGAGCAUAGGUCUACUGCCUUAUUUUUAGCAGGGCUUCUUUCCCUUCUAUUUCUUUGGCUGGUUGCACCGUUUAUCAAUUGGAGCUUGGUUUCUAGCAUGGGCCUUUGGAUUAUAAUGAUAGCCACUCACCCAAAGGUACGUCCGAAACUUUCGAGAAUAAUCAAGAAGGAACAACUGGACAACAGUAAAAAGGCGCUAUUGAAAACUGAACGUUAUGAUAUCAUUUUGGAUGAGCCUCCGGAAACGAAAACUGCAGAAAUUUUUGAAAUAUACAAGCAAGGCAUUACUCCUAAGAUAUGGCACUUUUAUACUUACUCUACUAGUGUUUUCGAUCAAAGUGAUUCUUUUAGAAAGGCACAAAUACCUCCACCUGGAGUCGAUGAUCUAAAGUUGAUAUCGCCGCCGACUACAUAUUCUUUCGAAAACAAUGAGCAAUGGAAAAUAGAUUAUGACGUUGAGAGCUGGGCUACGGAAAGAGGUCUCGAUCUAACCAUUGAAGGAGAAUUCUUGGUAGAUGACCUAUUCAAAAGAAGAAGACUAAUCAGAAAGGUUAUGAGAUAUGCUAACCCAGCACGGAAACCAUCAUACAGAUGA